AUGGGUUCGUUCCACUUUACCACUUUCCAAGAUAAACUCUCUCUGACGCAAGAGCUCCCCGUCAAUUACCAGAAAUGCGUCCACCCCAUGGAUAUUAUAAGCACAUCACACGAGCCCAAUCCACUGCGCCGAUCCCGAUGCGAGGGCGACUCGCUCGCGUACGAUGCAUUCUGGGCCUCACGCCAUCCAUGGGAUCUCAUCGACUACUACCUCUAUCUCAUCCUGAUCGAGAAGGGAGUGCACCGACGCGAGACUCGGCUUUCUCGCAGCUGGGUCAUUGAAAGUGACGAAUCAAGAUGGGAGAAUUUCGAAUACCUGCUUGACUCAGAUGACCACGAUUCUCAGACCGGAUGGAUUGACCCGGUGAUUAUAUUCAGCUCACUUCCCGUUCCACAUGCCGUGGGAUAUGAUGAUCGGCGGAUUGUGCUGGGAAUGAAUCUUCGCACGCAGAGCCUGGUGGGAUAUUUAUUCGAGAGUGCGCCGGAGGAUCUCAUCUCGGUGGUGUCGACACCGGUAUGGAGGGACCGAGAGGUGAUUAUCGAUUUACCUCUGCAGCGGUUCGUGAAUAUCCUCGAGCACAGCAUCAAGUUGGGUCAGGAGCCAACUCACGCUUUGCGUGGCGGAUUGUUCAAUUUCUUCCGUGAGUCUACACGGCGAUUCCAUGCAGGGAUGGAUCUGGUCCUCACGAUCCAAUAUAUUCAAUUCCUGCGUGAUGCCUUUUUCGCAGGUCAGAUCAGGACAACGUCGGAGUACAAUGUUGCAGCGGAAUUUCCGUCCCAUCUGGCGGAUAGGGAAGAAUAUCUGCGUGACUUGCUCUGUCGAGAGUCGAAUCGCGCUUGGAUGAGCGCCCAUACGGGGGUGACGGUGCACGAUGUUCGUCAACGCAGUCUCGCAAAUACCCCGUUCUCACCUGAUCUGUUUGUUGACCAGCUCUGCCCAGCAGCAAUUCUCACAGAUGAGAAAGCGACCUCGAUUAUCGUCUCGAAGUCUUCCACUACGCUCCAGACUGAAGUACACAUCACCACGACAUGGUACGAGUAUGACACUACCGAGGUGAUUUCUGUGGAUGAGAAAAGGUCAAGUGAGCACGAUGGCCUUGAACAAUCAACCUCAAACAUAGUGGUCUUGCUAAGCGCCUUUUGUUCCGAGUGCCCUUGGAUGAUCAGGAACGUCAAUCGAGGAGCAUAA